UUUUGGCAGUGCUAAUUUGGAGGUUGGACUCAUUGCCAGGAAGUGGACCUGUCAUUCCGAUUUCUUGCCGUGUCCUUGUUAGCUAGCUAGCAAUAACCAAUGUGUACCAUCUGGAAAGAUGAUUUAAAUAGUGCCUAAGCGCGACUUUAUAAUAAAUUUGCACUCACCCCUUGUUGGUAACUUAAUAGCAACAGCUAGCUAUGUUACGAGUUGGAAGAGCAGUGGCCUGCGUGGCCUGCAAUAACCUGGUCUCCAAAAACAUGGGGGUGAGGUUCAGGAUGCCCUUGCAGAAGCUGCACCCGCUGUCCCGUGCCAUCCACCACCGGUACAACGCCAGUGCCAACGCCCAGCGCCCCCCGCACUGUUCGGCAGCCCGCCACUUCACCUCCAUGUCCCGGCUGCCCAUGCGGUCUCCCAAGCCUCCCCCAGGCGGCCAUGGCGGCUGGCGCUACCAGCAGCACCGCAAUUUCUGGAUGCUGCGCCUAGCCUCUAGGCUGCUCAAGCUCCGGUACAUCGUGCUGGGCUCGGCAGUGGGAGGCGGGUACACCGCCAAAAAGACCUAUGAGGAGUGGAAGGAUAUGCUGCCUGAUAUGAGUGCAUACAAUUGGGUAAUACCUGAUUUUGUCUGGGAGCUGAGUGAUCAAAUUGACCUAGAUAAACUAACCAAAAUUCUGCCUGAGUUAGAGGAGAUUGCCAAGCUCCUACCCGAGUUACCUGACUUUGAUAAGAUAGGAGAGAACUUCACCUUCCUGAAGAGCAUACUCUCCACCGGUGUGAGUGUGGGUAGUGAAGGAGCUUCUGGUCUGCGUCUGUUGUUAGCAGAAGCCCCUGGGGACACUCCAGUGAAAGCAGCCACAGAGGCCCCGGUCACCGCCACACCGGAGGCCAGCGACAAACAGUUCAAGAAGGGUCUGCUCGGCGAGCUCAUUCUCAUUCAACAGCAGAUCCAGCAGGCCGAGGAGGAGGUCCGGCGGGCCGCCGCAUCCAAAAACGCACGGCCAAGCCCAGAUCCCGCCCCCAGCCCACCCCCCCCACGCCCGCGCCUGAUACCCGAGCCAAUGCCAACCACCACCCAGAACCCCAGUCCCAGCCCCCCUCAGCAGAAACGCAAGUCUUCAGACAAGGAGAAGGUGGACCAGCUUCAAGAGGAACUGCUCCGAACUCAGAUGAAGUACCAGCGCAUGCUGGAGAGACUGGAGAAGGAGAACAAGGACCUGAGGAAAGUGGUGCUGCAGAAAGAUGAGAAGGGCAUCCACCAGAGGAAGAUCAAGGUGUGUAAGUCUCUGAUUGACAUGUACUCUGAGGUCCUGGACAUCCUCUCAGAUUUUGACUCUAACUACAACACCCAGGAUCACCUACCCAGGGUAGUGGUGGUGGGAGACCAGAGUGCAGGGAAGACCAGUGUGUUGGAGAUGAUCGCCCAGGCUAGGAUCUUCCCCCGGGGCUCUGGAGAAAUGAUGACCCGCUCUCCUGUCAAGGUGACGCUAAGCGAGGGUCCGCACCACGUAGCCAUGUUCAAGGACAGCAGCCGAGAGUUCGACCUGGGCAAAGAGGAGGACCUCGCUGCCCUGAGACAUGAGAUCGAGCUGAGGAUGAGGAAGAGUGUCAAGGAGGGACAGACAGUCAGCCCUGAGACGAUCUCUCUGAGUGUCAAAGGACCAGGCAUCCAGAGGAUGGUACUAGUGGACUUACCAGGAGUCAUCAGUACUGUGACAGCGGGCAUGGCAGCCGACACCAAGGAGACCAUAUUCAGCAUCAGCAAGAACUACAUGCAGAACCCCAACGCCAUCAUCCUCUGCAUCCAGGAUGGGUCAGUGGAUGCGGAGCGCAGCAUUGUCACAGACCUGGUCAGCCAAAUGGACCCGCAGGGGAAGAGGACCAUAUUUGUCCUGACCAAAGUAGACCUGGCAGAGAAGAACCUGGCCAGCCCUAACCGGAUUCAACAGAUUGUUGAAGGAAAACUGUUCCCUAUGAAGGCCUUGGGCUAUUUUGCUGUGGUGACGGGAAAAGGCAGUGCCGGUGAAAGCAUCGACUCCAUCAAAGACUACGAAGAGGACUUCUUCCAGAACUCUAGACUUCUUAGAGAUGGUAUGCUGAAAGCACACCAGGUGACCACUAAGAACCUCAGUCUGGCCGUGUCCGACUGCUUCUGGAAGAUGGUCAGGGAGUCAGUGGAGCAGCAGGCCGACGCCUUCAAAGCGUCCCGCUUCAACCUGGAGACAGAGUGGAAGAACAACUACCCCCGUCUGCGAGAGCUGGACAGGAAUGAACUCUUCGAAAAAGCCAAGAACGAAAUCUUGGAUGAAGUUAUUAGCUUGAGUCAAGUCACACCGAAACACUGGGAGGCCAUCCUACAGAAGAAGCUGUGGGAGCGCGUGUCCACACACGUCAUCGAGAACAUCUACCUGCCGGCAGCCCAGACCAUGAACUCUGGCACCUUCAACACCACCGUGGACAUCAAGCUCAAACAGUGGACGGACAAGCAGCUGCCUCACAAGGCAUUAGAGGUCGCCUGGGAGACGCUGCAGGAGGAGUUCGCCCGCUUUAUGGCAGAGUAUAAAGGGAAGGACCAGGAUGACAUCUUUGACAAGCUCAAGGAGGCGGUGAAGGAUGAGAGCAUCAAGAGGCACAAGUGGAACGAGAGGGCCAUGGACAGCCUGAGGGUGAUCCAGCACAAUGCUCUGGAGGACCGCUCCAUCACAGACAAGCCCCAGUGGGACGCGGCCAUCCAGUUCAUGGAGGAGACCCUGCAGGCACGCCUCAAAGACACGGACUCUGUGAUAAAUGACAUGGUGGGUCCUGACUGGAAGCAGCGCUGGAUGAGCUGGAAGAACCGCUCGCCCGAGCAGCACACCCGCAACGAGACCCGAAACGAGCUGGAGCGCCUGCUGAAACUCCACGAGGACCACACGGCCUACCUGGCCAACGACGAGGUCACCACCGUCCGCAAGAACCUGGAGGGCCGAGGGGUGGAGGUGGACCCUGCCCUGAUCAAGGACACGUGGCACCAACUGUACAGGCGUCACUUCCUGCAGAAGGCCCUGCAGCACUGUAACCUGUGUAGACGAGGCUUCUACUACUACCAGAGACACUUUGUCGACUCGGAGCUGGAGUGCAAUGACGUAGUGCUGUUUUGGAGGAUCCAGAGGAUGCUGCUUAUCACCGCCAACACGCUCAGACAGCAGCUAACCAACACAGAGGUGCGGCGCCUGGAGAAGAACGUGAAAGAGGUGCUGGAGGACUUUGGUGAGGACAACGAGAGGAAGGUUCACCUCAUCACCGGACGCAGAGUACAGCUGGCAGAGGACCUCAAGAAAGUCCGUGAGAUUCAGGAGAAACUUGAAGCCUUCAUAGAAGCUCUUCACAAGGAGAAGUAGAGCAUCAGAAACCAUUGGAAGCAAACCUGCGGAUCCCAGAAGCAAUGCACUGAUCAAAGAAAACAACCCCCCUCUGUAAAUGACUACUCCCCCACCCCCAAAUCUGAUUUUAAUGUCUAUGGCUUAGCUUACCGCUCCCCUUUACGCACCUCACCGACAAGAAAGGAGGGGAAUGAAAGGAAAGAAGGUGCCACAGCACAGGGAAGAGAAGUGGAGUGUGUCGGACAGAGCCCUUUUAAACUGAGCUGGGUCCGUUUACCAGCGUGGCAGAGCAUCGAGCACUUUCUCAGAUCUGGGUGGCCUCCCUAUCACAGCCUCAUGCCUUCUCCACAGGGCUUUAAGGGCCCUGGAUGUGUUCACCAGACGUGUCCUCUUCACACAGCAAUCCAACAACUGUCUCCUGCCUCUUCUUCUUUCUUUCUUUUUUUUUGCUCGUCUUUUCACUCUUUCGAGACGGAAGACUAAGAGACGGGGAGGAAAAAGACGAGCUUGAAGUUACACACCACCUGACUGACCGAGUGACAUCUCUCUUGCUCUCGAUGCUGUUGUACAGGUUUUCUCUCUCUUCACACUUCCUUUCCUUUGGUUGGGAAUGUGUUUAAUUGGCUUCAGCACCGGUCCGAGGGUUGCUUCCAAAAUAGCACCCUUUUCCCUAUGUAGUACAUGAUUUUUGAGGACUUCUUAUUACUAUUGCACUUUAGUUAGCCCAGUGGCUAGCUCUAGUUCAACUCUUACAACUUAUCGACAUCACUGAACCCCAUAGUUCACACUGGUACAACGGUCAUCCUCCAUCCUUCCAAAACUCACAUAUAUUAACAGUGGUUCAUCUAUUCCACACAAUAUAAUGUAGAUUUUUAUUUUGUGGAAGCAGACCUGAUUUGAGAGUUGUGCCUGCUAUUUGAUAGGAAGUGUGCACGAGCCCACUAAGUACCUCUCUCUGUGACCUUCUGUGUGUGUGUGCACCUCAUUAUCAUCACAAGUUUAUGUGAUAGCAAUUCAUUUCACUACGGGACUAAGCAACCUCUGUACCAUGUUCGUUCUGGAAAAGAUCCAGCUUUGGUUUCUAUUGGACUAGAAUCCAGUUCAAUCUGCAGUGGAUGGAACCACAUUAGUGGGGGAAGGACGCUAGUGACCUCUCUCGAUUCAAACGUGGUGAUUGGGUUCCUGGUACUGGACUCAACCACACACCAUCCUCCCCUCCUUUGACUCGUACUUUCACUGUUUCUGCCUUUCUGCCUGCUUCUCCAUGAUCUUCUGCUUCUCCAUGAUCUUCUGCCUCUCCAUGAUCUUCUGCCUCUCCAUGAUCUUCUGCCUCUUUAUUCUCGCUCUUCCCUCUUCCUCUCCUGUCGAGCCCUCUAGUCUCCUCUGUCCACCUCAUCCUCAUCUCUAUACCUCUCUCUUUUCUCUCUCUCUUUUCUCUCUCUUUUCUCUCUCUUUUCUCUCUCUCCUUUCUUCCUCUCUCCUUUCUUCCUCUCUCCUUUCUUCCUCUCUCCUUUCUUUCUCUCUCUCUUUCUCUCUCUUUCUCUCUCUUUCUCUCUCUCUUUCUCUCUUUCUCUCUCUCUUUCUCUCUCUCUCUUUCUUUCUCUCUCUUUCUUUCUCUCUCUCUUUCUUUCUCUCUCUCUUUCUUUCUUUCUCUCUCUUUCUCUCUCUCUCUUUCUCUCUCUUUCUCUCUCUUUCUCUCUCUUUCUCUCUCUUUCUCUCUUUCUCUCUCUUUCUCUCUUUUCUCUCUCUUUCUCUCUCUUUCUCUCUUUUCUCUAUCUUCUUUCUCUUUUCUCUCUCUCUUUUCUCUCUCUCUCUCUUUCCCCUCUCCCCUUCACUCUUUGCUCCUGGCUCUAAAGCCUAUCUCAUGAUAAGAUGCACUAAAGGAGUUAGUCGCAUUCUUAACCCAGCUCAUUCAUAUGUGUAUGUGGGUAUGUAUACCGUACAUUGUGUACAUGUACAUUUAAUACCAAUCAUGCAUCUGUUAUUGCUUAUGGGAGGAAUAUCAGAGUUCAAUGUGCUUGUAACAGUAUAUCCAUCGGUCGGUUCAACACGUACAGUUCUCUUUUAUGUUGUAUAAUGAGGUGUUUGCAUGGUAUAGCCCCUCAGAUGUGCUUUAUUUAUUACAGAUUUGAUUGUGUUUAAGAAAAUAAGUGAAAAUCAAAUUGACGUUAAUAAAAAAACAAAGUAGCAUUUUCCAUGAA